AUGAUGGCUUCUGCCCAGGUUAUAUCGAACUCCGGCCACGAUGAUAUGAUUCACGAUGCCGUCCUCGAUUAUUACGGUCGCCGACUCGCGACGUGCUCAAGCGACCGGACCAUUAAAAUAUUCGAAGUAGAGGGAGAUUCCCAGCGACUCGUCGAGACACUCAAAGGUCACGAUGGUGCUGUUUGGUGCGUUUCGUGGGCGCACCCUAAAUACGGAAAUAUUCUGGCCUCGGCCGGCUACGAUGGCAAGGUCUUUAUCUGGAGGGAGCAGAAUAACCAGUGGCAAAAGAUCUUCGACUUCGCCCUUCACAAGGCCUCCGUUAACACAGUUUCAUGGUCACCACACGAGUCCGGCUGUCUACUGGCCUGUGCCUCCUCGGACGGCAAUGUCAGCAUUCUUGAGUUUCGCGACAACAGCUUCGACCAUGUCAGCUUCCCGGCGCAUGGCCUGGGCGUCAACUCUGUCUCGUGGGCCCCAGCGACGGCACCCGGAAGCAUCGUCAGCAGCUCUCCCGGACCCGGCUCGGCAGGUGUGAGACGUUUUGUUACAGGUGGCUGUGACAACCUGCUCAAGAUCUGGGUCUUUGAUUCAGCUUCGCAGUCGUACAAACAGGAAUUGGAGCCGCUCGAGGGCCAUACCGAUUGGGUUCGUGACGUUGCGUGGUCACCGACAGUCCUGCAGAAGUCCUACAUUGCCUCAGCGUCCCAGGACAAGACGGUUCGCAUCUGGACCUCGGAUUCAUCGAGCACAGGACAGUGGACCCAUAAAAUUCUCAACUUCGAUGCUGCCGUCUGGAGAGUCAGCUGGUCCCUGAGCGGUAACGUUCUGGCAGUGAGCGGUGGUGAUAACAAGGUAUCACUGUGGAAGGAGAACCUCCGAGGCGAGUGGGAGUGUGUCAAGAGCAUUGAGGAGUGA